CCUUUUUCCCUUAACUCCCACCCCUUCCUAAUAGAAAUGGCCACUGAGCAGAACAAGUUCGUCAUCGACUUCCUUAUGGGUGGUGUCUCCGCCGCCGUCUCCAAGACUGCUGCUGCCCCCAUCGAGCGUAUCAAGCUUUUGAUCCAGAACCAGGACGAAAUGAUCAAGCAGGGUCGUCUCGCUUCUCCCUACAAGGGUAUUGCUGACUGCUUCAGCCGUACCGUCAAGGAUGAAGGUCUCAUCUCCAUGUGGAGAGGUAACACCGCCAACGUCAUCCGUUACUUCCCUACCCAGGCUUUGAACUUUGCCUUCAAGGAUAAGUUCAAGCGUAUGUUCAACAAGGACAAGAAGAAGGAUGGUUACUGGGCCUGGUUCGCCGGUAACUUGGCUUCCGGUGGUGCUGCUGGUGCCUGUUCGUUGUUCUUUGUCUACUCUCUUGACUAUGCUCGUACUCGUCUUGCCAACGAUGCCAAGUCCGCCAAGAAGGGUGGUGAGCGCCAGUUCAACGGUCUUCUCGAUGUCUACCGCAAGACCUUGAAGUCCGAUGGUAUCGCCGGUCUCUACCGUGGUUUCAACAUCUCUUGUGUUGGUAUCAUUGUCUACCGUGGUCUUUACUUCGGUAUGUACGAUUCCAUCAAGCCCAUCAUGCCUACCAACCUCCAGAACUCUUUCUUGGCUUCCUUCUUGCUUGGUUGGGCUGUUACCACUGGUGCUGGUCUUGCUUCUUACCCCAUUGAUACCGUCCGUAGACGUAUGAUGAUGACUUCCGGUGCUGCCGUCAAGUACGACUCUUCCCUCCACGCUUUCAAGGAAAUCGUUGCCAAGGAAGGUACCAAGUCUCUCUUCAAGGGUGCCGGUGCUAACAUUCUCCGUGCCAUUGCUGGUGCUGGUGUCUUGUCCGGUUACGAUCAGCUCCAGGUCAUCAUGUUCGGCAAGAAGUUCUAAGCUGGAUCUGGUCUAAUCGAUAACAAAAACAAUGCAUCAAACAUCAAUAUAAUGUUACUUCAUAAGCACUCUUAGAGGCGCACGUCUCUUUUUGCUUUUGCAAGUACUUGUUAUUUGGAGUAACUAAAAAAAGAGAAAUUCUAUUUUUUCUUUUGUAUCAAUAAAUAAACAAACCAAAAAGUGCGCCAUUCA